ACCAUGUCAGUCCUUGCUGUUAAACUCUAUCGAUAGACGAUAAUCAUCUGCAAGUUCCGUGCAAAUUUGAAGCUGCUGAUUGUAUAAAAGAAGGCGGGCAGAUUUCCCAUAGCAUAACAUCUUCGUAACCGAUGAUUUGCGGGAAAAUUUGUCGGCGGAAAUCAUUGAGCUUCACCCAAUGGUGGCGGUGUGCGUGCUCCGCCUCCAAUCCGCCGUCGAUUGCUGCCGGAGCUACAGCACAAAGAGCCUGCACUCGAACGGGUUUUCUAUCUCGAAAUCCGCACAACAUCAUUUCUGACCGUAGAACAUUGUACUUUUCUGAGAGUCGCCAUGGCCUGAAUUAUUUGAGCAGUUCAUUUGGGAUUAAAGGGUGCUUCUUUGCUACACAAAGCGCUGCUGAUCUUCCAAUUAGUGGGGAUAUCGAUGUGCCCUUGGCGCAAACAGGAGAAGGCAUUGCUGAGUGUGAGCUUCUUAAAUGGUUUGUAGAGGAGGGGGAUCAAGUUGAGGAAUUUCAACCUUUGUGUGAGGUUCAAAGCGACAAGGCAACUAUAGAGAUCACUAGUCGCUACCGAGGGAAAGUUUCUAAAACCCUUCAUGUUCCUGGGGACAUUGUAAAGGUUGGUGAAACACUUUUGAAGUUGGCGGUUGAAGAUGCUUCCUCCAAUGAAGUUUUUGAGGCUUCACAGAUUACUAAGACACCAGAUUUAAGUAAAAGUGAUUUAGAAGUUGUUGAUUCAUGUCUCAAACAAGCAAAUAUGAGAGGAAUAUUAUCCACGCCUGCAGUUCGUGGUUUGGCAAAGCAGAUGGGUGUUAAUAUUGAAGAUGUGCAGGGAACUGGAAUUGGGGGAAGAGUGAUGAAAGAAGAUGUCCUUAAUUAUGCUGCACGUGCAGGAAUUCUGGCGGAAAACCCAGCAACAUUAGCUGAUGCUUCUCCUGAAAAGUAUCCUAAAGCAGACCAGAUAUACUCGGUUUCAUCAACAUAUCAUCGGGAAUAUGAGGACAAGACAAUUCCUCUCAGGGGUUACCAACGGGCUAUGGUCAAGUAUAUGACAUUGGCUGCAAAAAUCCCACAUUUUCAUUAUGUUGAUGAGAUAAAUUGCAAUGCCCUUAUUGAGCUUAAAGCGUCCUUCCAAAAAGAGAAUUCUGAACCAGGCAUCAAAUAUACUUUCCUUCCUGUGUUGAUAAAGUCUCUCUCAAUGGCACUAAGCAAAUAUCCAUUUCUUAAUAGUUGCUUCAAUGAGGAAAUACAAGAGGUGAUACUCAAAGGAUCGCACAAUAUUGGUAUUGCAAUGGCGACUCCACAUGGUUUGGUAGUGCCAAACAUAAAGAAUGUUCAGCAUCUUUCCAUAAUGGAGAUAACAAAAGAGCUGGCUCGAUUGCAACAGUUAGCCCUCGCUAACAAGCUUAGCUCUAGUGAUGUAUCUGGUGGAACUAUCACUUUAAGCAAUAUUGGCGCGAUUGGUGGGAAGUUUGGUUCUCCCCUUAUCAAUGUGCCUGAAGUUGUCAUUAUUGCAAUGGGACGGAUUCAGACAACUCCUGUAUUCGAUGAAGAUGGAAAUGUCUGUCCUGCAUCAAUUAUGACAGUAAAUAUAGGCGCAGAUCAUAGAGUUUUAGAUGGGGCAAUUGUAGCGAAGUUUUGCAAUGAGUGGAAGAGGUUCAUUGAAAAACCCGAGCUCUUGAUGCUACUCAUGAGAUGAUUGCUGCUUCGACCAAACUGAAGCAAGAGAUAUACAAAUUAUCAGGUGCCUGUGUGCAAAAAUUGGACCUAUGUUUCUUUUUCUGAUGUUAUUGUGGGAUUUAGCAAACUCUGUACACAGGAAAGACAUGCCAUUAAUGUUGAGGCUCUUCUUAUUUA